GCGGGCGGCGGGUCUGUCCGCUGUUUGAGUGUGGGAGGGUAACAAGCGGCGGUCUCCAUGAGCGCUACGGGAGGCUCGGUGGGACGCUCCGCGCGCUCCAGAAGGCUGGCAACCCCCCACAGCUCAUCCAGGUACUCUAGUUCUCAGCCUCAGAGUCAGGGGGACUCUACUCCUCUCCCUUCAAUCAAUGAACGCCUGGCCUUCCUCCGCCCUUCCCGGGAGCUGCUGGAAUACUACCGCAAGAAGAUUGCUGACUUUGAUGAAGAGCAUGAGGAUUUGGUAAAAAGGCUGGAGAGAUACAAAGAAACAUACGAUGAGCAGCACAAACUGCAAUGGGAAGUACGUCAGCGAGAAGAGGAGAUUGCGGAGUUGCAAAAGGCUUUGAGUGACAUGCAAAUCUACCUGUUCCAGGAGAGGGAACAUGUGCUCCGUCUUUACUCUGAGAACGACCGACUGAAAAUCAGGGAAUUGGAGGAUAGGAAAAAAAUUCAACAUCUCCUGGCUUUAGUGGGAACAGACGUAGGAGAAGUUACAUAUUUUCACAAGGAGCCACCACAUAAGGUCACUGUUCUACAAAGGCCAGCUAGCUCCAGAGACUCACAUGAAGGAAAUGACAAUUCUAGAACAGGCACCAAGAGGAGCACUUCAAAACAAGCAGGAAAAGGAGACAUACAUGAAAGUCCGGAGAGAUAUCAGAGGGACAACCAAACACUUCUACUUCAGGUGGAGGCCCUGCAAGCUCAGAUAGAAGAACAGACACGAUUAUCUAAGGAACAGCUUCAGGCAUUACUAGAGGACAGGCGGAUUCACAUGGAAGAAGCCCAGGUCCAGCAUCAGAGAGACCAGGAGAAGAUUAAAACUUUAACAGAUAAACUCAACAAAACUCAAAAUCUCUUGUAUGAGAGUACUCGUGACUUUCUGCAGCUGAAGUCUGAUGUUCGAGACAGUGAGAAAGCGUGGAUGGUAGAGAAGGAAAAUCUGUUGAGGAGGAUUGACAAAGACUCAGAUCAGCUUAUCAGCAGGGAGGCAGGAGAGAAGAAGCAGAGAGAUACCAAGAAGGUGCUUCAAGCAGAUCGUGAAGCUGGGAAGCCCCACAGUAGAGAAGUAAAGACGCUGCAAGAAGAACUAACGCAGGAGCAGCGGCUGUCAAACAUGUACAGAGAACAGUGUAUCACCCUGGAAAGUGAGCUGGCUAGGAUUUGUGAAGAGAGAGAUGUUGGCAGAGAACUCUUUAAGGAACGCUCAGAAAAGAUGGGGAAGCGUUUGAAGCUGGUGACUCAGCGAUACGAGGCCUUGGAAAGACGUCGUAAUAUGGAAGUGGAAGGCUUUAAGAAUGACAUUAAACAGCUCCGGCAGAAACUGAAAGAUGUAGAGAAGCAGCUUUUCAAGGUGACUCUGAAUAUUGGACCAGACCAGGAUCUUGCAAUUCUACAUGAGGUUCGUCAAGGAAACAGACUAACUCGUAAAAUUCAAGAAGAAUUAAAAUACUUAAAAGCAAAAAUCUAUGGCUUAGAGAAUGAACUGCGAGUCUGCUGAAACUGAGGUUUUAGUUGGCAUCAAAGUUUUUGGAAUGGGACAUUGCCUGUUUACUGGCAUCCAGUAAUAGAAGGCUUGAAGAAAUCUGCAGUUAGGAACAUCAUAACAUCCAUCAGUGAUAUACAAGCCAUUCCUAACAUGCCAAACUAGAUUGCUGUGUCUGUUGAUAGGCACCUGAUGAGUCUGCUAUAGAAAGUAUCAGAAGACUGAUACAUCAGGAACAUUCUUAUGCCUUUUAUUACUUUCAUAUUUGUGGUGUAGGGAGUGGUGUAUACUGAUCUUAAACUUCAUUUGGAGCAUUUCAGAAAGCAGGAAUAAAUUAAUGGCCAUUAAAAGAUCUAGUUCAAGAUCUGAAUUGCUUGGCUCACCUUUUCCUAUGUGAGAAAGAGCUUUUAAAGUGUGUUCAGUGAUGACUGUUUUAGUACCUAGGCAAUUCAGGAUGUAACUGGAAAUUUUCUUUGAAAAAGACCUUGCACAGAUCUUUUGUACUAAUUUUGUAUUAAGAUGUAUUAUAUCCAACUCUGCUUUUUACAAUACGACUACUUUUAAAUAGCUUCCCUUUGAUUAUUUCUAACCCAGCUGGGACAAACCUGACUGAUUUUAAUAUGGCGAAAAAAGAUAACAUUUUAUGGCACUUAUCUGCAAGAAUGAGCAAUGUCUACUCUUGUUUUGAAUAGCUGGGGGAAGUGAGAUACCACACUAUCAAGAAUCAUCUUCCCAUCUCCUUUUUUUCUAGCCUCUUGACUCCUGCAGGAAGCUCAUUUAGAAAAAAAAACAGGGCACAUACUAUCUUCCUUAGUCACUAUUAUCGGCCUCUGUAGCUUUAAACUAUACUAUGGUUAUGUACCAAGUCACGAUCACUUUUCACUCAUGAUGGUUUUGUUUCACAGUUGUAACUGAAAUUGGGGUUGAAGAGCAGCUGCCUAGUUGCUACGUGAUGUAUAUAGCUAUAUAAUGAUUAUCUCCAUAGCAGGCAUAAGGUUAUUGCAGUUGUAGAAAACAGAUGAAAUAAUGAGGGAUGCUACAGUGGGCUUCAGCCCAGUUUCUAAUCACAAGGUAUUUGUGCUUUCACUGCAGUGUCAGCAAAUCUUGUCCACCUGGUAGACUGAGAGUAUGCCUGUGCUAGAAAAGCAAUUUCAGGGCUUAAGUUUCCUACUGUACCUUUUUCUACCUUAAAUAUGGCAGAAGCAGCGUAUCAUCUUUCUAAAGAAUACACCUGAAGCAUACCAGCUGUUUCUUAUUUUAAAAAGUACUCCAUGUGAUAGCCCACAGCUUCUUUUGGAUGUGGUAGUGGCAAUGGAGAUCCCCAUUCAGUAUUUGGGAGAGGUAGAUACACAACAGAAGUUCUUGUGCUGUCAAAAUUUGAAGAAAUAGAUACAUUUUUUUAAUACAGUACCAGCUAAAACAAUACACUGGGGAAAUUGCUUUGAAAAGUCAAGGCCUGCUUCAGUUUUGUACCCUGUCUUGGAAAUUUUGCUGUCCCUUAUGGUCCUACACUGUGGCUUUCAUUGGGCACAUGUAUUCUUGAAGUCAUAUUCAGUCAUAUUGAAAUCAGACAGACUUCACUGUGGGUAGAUGUGUAUCUGGGUGCUUAGCCACUACUAAAAUAGGCUCUUUUAAAGUGUAUUAUCACUGACUAGUUUAGCUAAAAAAUGGUGAUCCUGUUCAGAAACUGAUUCGUGGACAGCUUAGAUGCCAAUGCCAUGUGGAUAGCUGGGGGAAGUUAAUAAACUUAUGCUGUCCAUAAUUUAGUCUCAUCCCUUAGCUGCUGAAUACUAUCUCAGAUAAGUCUAGCUAAUUAAAGGAAGCUUGUAUGGGAGAUAAUAUUCUACCAGUCUGAAAACAGAAUACUGUAUAUUAUAUAUAUAUAUAUAUAUAUGUAUAUAUUUUAAAGGUCCUGAAAGGCAACUUCUGAAAAAAUGCUAUAUAAUAAAGUAUUAGCCACUUAGCAAGAUCCAUCUGCUUAAAUUCAAUUGACAGGAAGCCAGCAAAAAAGCCUCUUGAACCAGUAUAGAGAAGUUUUCUGCUUCUUUUCAGCUUUUCCAAACUAUAAGUUGCUGAUUAAGUUAAAUUUUCCUCACUUGAAAGCCAUGCAGUGUAUCUGGAUAAAGACUGUAGGCUCGAAUGUUCACAUUUUUAGCAUUAGGAAGAAGUAUUGGGGAAAGAAGGAUGUAAAUGUUUAAGUUCCUGUCUUCCUUACUAAUAUUUCUUAUUACUUGAAAGACUGAACAGAAUAAACUGGCAACAUUCGUAA